AUGGGCGUCUCUGCCUCACCCACCUUUACCAAAGAACAACACGGUAAAGAAGGGUCAGACGAGAUCGUCGUCGUCGAAGCGCCCAUGCUCGAAAAAGAAAAGGCAAACGUCGAGUAUAUCGUGCGCAACUUUGGGUAUCCAGAGGAGGAUGUGAAAGAGUGGAUGUCGACGGUGGGGUAUCCUGUAGAUGUGGCCGUCGUACCACUCCAAGUCGUCGUGCAAACACUCGAGUUGAUGUAUUGGAACAGGCUGGUGUGGUCAACCGACCUCAACAGGGAUUCGAACCAACCACAUUUGCAAUGGGCAAUAUCUGUCGCUUCGAAGUUGCUUGAUAUCGCAGGGAGAGAGAAAGAGGAGAGAUGUACAGGCAAAGACAUGACUCCAGCUUGUUUAAUCGAGAUUUGCCACAAAGAUCCGUCUCGCUCCUCCAUACCAGCUCUUCGGCGGCUCGAGUGCCACCACGAAGCAUACCAGCACAAUACCAGAGGGUGUACUCACUCUCUCGCCACUCGUCAUCGCAUUAUCACCCAUACAAGGGCCUUAUACAUUGAGAUGUAUACUCCCUUCCAUCCUCUAUUGAUCACUCUCUUCUGGACAAAGCAGAUGCACCUGAGAGUGUAUAAGAAUAGUUGUGGCGAGAGAGUUUGGUUUGGGUCCAAGUUACUGGAUUGGGAAGAGGCAUAA